AAAAAGUAUAACAACUCUCUGACAUUUUAAUAAUUUGAAUUAUUGGAGAACGUAUUACAUAGUCCAUCGUCCUUGCGAAUAUCGUUAUAAAUUCGUGCAGUUGUCAUUUGCAGUUUCCUAUAUUCCUCAUAUUCUGUUUGCAAAUUGCACAUAAACGAUGGCGCAAGUUGAAGAUAUCAGCAGGUAUCUGUCCGAUGAUACCGUAUUCAAUAAAAUAAGUAAACAAUUUAUAAGUAUACAACCUGAUGACAUGAAGCGUAAUAAUCCGCUCUUGAACUCGAUUUUUGAGAAAUUAAUAGAUGUUAUGCGAUCGCAAAGUCCGCUGUUUGCUAAAACAUUUCAAAGAAUUAUAUGGGCUGGAAGUUAUUACAAAAAUACUCGAUUUGGACAACCGGAGGAAUAUGAUUUGAAUUUUGUAAUCAAUUUGCCCUACAAAGAAAAAGAUCUAAAGUUUAUUAGCACAGAUCGACCUGGUUUCAUUAAAAUACGCAUUGCUGGAAGAGACGAAAACUCACAGAAUACUUUAAAUAUAGAUUCGAAAGCAUAUAAAGAAUUAAAUUCCUUCAUCGAUGAUCAAUCGUAUCUGAACCAAGAAAAAUUCAGUACAUGGAUGGAAGGAAUUUUUAGUAAAGUGAUCAACGCUACUGAUACUAAUAGAAACAGAAUUAUAUUGGGUGAUCAUCCGCCAAUAAGGCUAAAAAAGACGGGACCAGCAUUUACAUUAAUAUUCAAACCUUCUUAUUCUGAAAGAGACAUCGACAUCGAUGUAGUUCCUGUUUUAGUUUUUUCGACUCAAACUUUGCCACCAAUAAAAUCUUCAAGAAAGGAUCUAUUACAAUCUUAUUUAGGUAGAUGUUGGUCUGCAGUUCCAAAACCAUUAAAAAAUAGUAAAGGUAUUUUUGCUGAUCUACGACAUCGCUAUUGGCGAUUGUGUUUUUACGAGUUUGAAAAAAACAUGAUUUCUAGCCAUGAUUAUGGGCGUAUGAAGCCUGUAAUACGACAAUUGAAGAAACUUAGGGAUACUCAAGGAUGGAAGAGCAUCGCAAGUUAUUAUCUCGAAACAUUGUGUUACCAUGAAAAAGAAAUAUUUUAUAUUUCUAAUAGAAAUUCAUAUACUUUCUUAUUCUUCACGAUGUUAGAAAAGCUUCGCGAUGCUUUCCGCAAUAAAGAGAUAAGGUACUAUUGGGAUGACGAUCUUAAUUUGUUGGACAAUAUCGGACCUGAGGAAAUGAGGAAUAUGAAAGGCAGAUUAGAUAAUGUUUUAAAAAGUAUUAGGAAGGACAUACAAAAUGAUGGUUAUGCGAUAGCUAAAUGGGUUUUAAAUAUUGACGAAUUAAACAGGAUUAAAAGGAUUGAUAAAUAUGUAACUAUACCGACACCGGAACCCGAACCUGAAAAUUCAAGUCAACGGAAUUGCAUGAUCUUUUGACCAAUCAAGGAAGAAAUCAGCAAUAUUGCUGACGCAGCGUAUCAUAGCAAGACAGUCUGCCUCAGCUGUAUGAUGAUCUU